UUCACACUCUUACCAAAAACCCAGAAAGCUCUGAAAAAGCAUAGAAUGGAAACGAAGCAAACUCCUUUCAGAGAAAUUGGGCAGCGCUCUAUUGUUUCAUCGUUGCUCUCUCGCUCUUCCAAUCCUUUCAAGGUUUUGAAAGAAGAUGCAAAGAAUGAAGGUUCAGAGAAAAAAUCGCCGGUGUCGUUCUCGGAUUUUCUCCAAAGGAAACUUCACCAAACUUCUGAACCACCCAGGACGGUAAAGGAAAAACCAAGACCUUUCUCAUCUUUACUAGGUCCAAAACAAAAAACUGGGUACAAUGAUGAAGAAAUUGAGGCCAAGAAAGGAGGGAAAGGGAACACCAUUGCUCUCAUUGAUAAAGGGGUUUUGGAACAGUUCAAGCACACUGUCACAGAGAAAGAACAUUGUGCAGAUUCAAGCAGCUGCGGCGAAACAGAAAGUUGUAACAUUUCCGAUAUGCAAGAAUCGAGAAAGAGGAAGAAUUCCGAAGGUGAGAAUGAGAAAUACAUCACCCCAAAGCAUGUUGCAUUUCUUGGAGGUGAUCCAAAAACCAAGCAACAAAGAAGGGUCAGGAAUUCCAAUAGCAAAGAGAAACCACCACCUCUUUAUAAUCAUUAUGAAAACGGACGAGGCUGGUGGGACUCCGACAUGGAAGGUAUAGACAAUGAAGAAGUAGGCCUCAGUGAGGCAUGGGAAGGAGUAGGUUCAACAACACUGGGAGGAUUAAUAGACUGGCAUUGACCUUUGAGAGUUUUUUUCUUUUUUCUUUUUUCUUUUUUUUUGGGUGGACUUGAAUGUUUUAGACUUCUUUCAGAUAUUAGAGAUUAAUGCUUGUUCUGUUUAUAUUCAAUUUUUAUGGUGAUUUCGUAAAGCUUAUUAUCUUAUAGGAAAAACUUGAUCCAAUGUAGAAAAAUGCUCAACUCUUGCAAGUGAAGACAAGUGUCUUUGGCGUACCCAA